CUCGUCCUGCUCCGCGACCCACAAUCCUCUGCGCUGAGGCAAGAUGGAAGAACCCAGCUGCUGCUGGAGAACAAUGUUUUGGCUGUAGGUUUUUCACCGACGGACUGCGGCGGGCAAAGUGGACGAGCCGAUCUCUGGGGGCCAUGGUGGUGCGGCGGAUGACACUAAGUGACACCUCGUAGCCUUCCUCCACCAUGAGCAUUGUUCAAGAUAAGUUAAGCAGCGAAUUCCUGCGCUCCAACGGGAGCAUGGACUCUAACUUUGGCCACAGCAUGAUCAUGUUCAGCCACCUGCCCCCGGUGACCAGCUUCACCCGGCUGGCCGCCCAAUCGGUGAUGCAGGAUCUCACGCCUCAAGACAUGAUUUUGAAGAAGGAGCGGUCCUCGCCCGACUGCAGCAUGAACUCUCAGGGUGGCGGCCUGGGCUGUGUGGGUGACUACGUUCACGCCAUGGGCAUCAAGCAGGAGAAGCCGUCGGACCAUGACUAUCGGCUGCCGCUGUACCCCGGUGGGAUGAGCAAGAACUCCGAGCUGCUGGAGGUGACUGUCAACAGCAACCAGAGUCUCAUGGUGCAGGACCUUAACAUGGGUGGCCUGGCAAGUCAGUUAGGCAAGGAGCCCAUGGGGAGGAAAGGUCGGAGGUCAAACGGUGAUGGACAGGAGGUCAGACCAAGAAAGAAGCGGAGCGAGGCGAAGCAAUCGAUGAUGCUGGACGCAGAUGGAGGCAGCCUGUCACCAGGAAGCAAACCUCACAUCUGCGAGCACUGCUCUGCCUCCUUCAGGAGCUCCUACCACCUGCGCAGACAUGUUCUCAUUCACACAGGUGAGAGACCCUUCAGGUGCAGCCAGUGCAACAUGAGCUUCAUUCAGAAGUACCUUCUGCAGCGGCACGAGAAAAUACACAGUGGGGAGAAGCCAUUCAGCUGUGACCAGUGCAACAUGCGCUUCAUUCAGAAGUACCACAUGGAGCGACACAAGAGGACACACAGCGGCGAGAAGCCGUACAGAUGCGAGACCUGCCAGCAGUAUUUUUCUAGAACUGACCGAUUGCUGAAGCACAAGCGGACAUGUGGCGAGGCCGUGAGGAAGGGCCUGGAUCCCAGCAUGAUGGAUAUGGACUGUGUGGAUAUGGGCGAUGGCAGCUAUGGAAUCACUCAGGGAAACACGGGGAGUACUGGGAGGAGACGAGGCAAGUCCAAAAACGGAGAGGGAGGCGAGCGCAAGAAGAAGAAAGGCGAGGCAUCAGGAGGGGUGCGGGUCCAGCACAUGCCUGUGUCCGGAGGCUACAACGUCCACGAGUACUCCACAGAAAACCAGACCGUGUCUUCCUCCACUGAGCCGGGCCCCAGCAUGCAUCACCACGGCCGCGCCCCAAAGAUGGCUUUCAAGAAGGGUCAUCGCAAAGGUCUAGAGAAGGUGGACCUGGAUCCCAGCAAGCCCAUGGAGCCAGAUGGCAGCAUGGAGAACCUUGGCAUCAUGCAGGGGAACGGCGGUAAAGGAGCCAACACCAGCAGCAACUACGACGACGCCAUGCAGUUCCUCAAGAAGAGACGCUACAUUCAAGCCGCCAACAACGUGAGUUCAACUGGUCCCGCCGUGGCUGCAGGAAACGGCGGGGACUAUGAUGUGGGCGUGGCCCUCCUGUCCUCCCAGCCCUCCACCAUCCACAGUACGGUGUCCGGCAUGAUGGACGGAGACGCGCCUCUGAGUCUGGACAAAGCGGGGAUCCCCGAUGAGGUCCUGCAGACCCUCCUGGACCACUACAGCCAGAAGCCAGACGGCUCCAGUCACGACAUCCACUUUGAUAUGGGCGAGCAGCACGUGGAGCUCAACCCUCCCUCAGCUGACGGCGUGGACAGCCCCUCUGGAGACAAGAGCAUCAUGAUGAACGAGUACUCCCGCUUCCUGCUGCAGGCGCUGGAUCGCACCAGCUUCCCCCUGGGUCCGCUGCCUCCGUCGGUAGGGCCCUACACCACCUCCCACGCCGUCAACCCUCUCUACUCUGACAAGAACAUCUACACUACUUCCCCGCUGGACUGUGGAUUUGGCCACUCGGCGGCUUCGCCUUCACUGUCAUCGUCUGUGCCAAAGUCCCACUUUGCCAUGCUGAGCAGCUCCUCACCUCAACACAGCUUCCACCUGAGCAGCCUGGACACGCCCAGCCACCAGCAGCUCACUCCCUCGCAGGAGCUGACGGAGCAGCUGGAGAAGCAGCACUCCUCCACGCCCCCGUCCUCCUACCAGAUCAGCCCGUCUGACCUGAGCAGUCAGAAGGAGCAGCUGACGGUGAAGAGCGGCGGCGGCGUGUUCCCUCUGUCCUCCUCGCAGGACCUCACCUCCUCCAAGCCUUCGUACCAGAUCGAGAACUUUGCUCAGGCCUUCGGGUCCCAAUUCAAGCCCGACAGCCGCGGCCUGUCGUACGGCUCCGAUUCCAGCGGGGAGGUGGACCACAGGAUACGGACUCCUGUGUCCGAAUUCUCAGGGUAUACUAGUUUGUUAUCUGAUGUCAAUGAGCCAGUGAGUUCAGGUUCCAAAACUCCAACAAGCCAAAGCUACAGAUGAAGACGCCUGCGAGGAAGAACACUGUUACAGUUUUCUAUUGCUUCUAUUUUAUUAUUAUUUUUUUAUGUGACAUCUAUUUUAAUUGUACUGACGCUCUAUUUUUUUGUGCCCACUCUUGCCGCGGGGAAGCCUCCGAGGCUGCCGCCAAUGCAAUUUUUUUAAGGAUCCGUACUUAAGUUAUAUGUAUUUUGCUGUUUCUCCUCGUCGAGUCUGGUGUCGUCCGGUGGGUUUCCUCUUUAACUUGGCGCGGCAUCCGCCGAAGUGUUUGAGCAAUCAACUUUUCAAUGGCAUCAAAGUGGAAUGAUGGCAGGGAGUAGCCCAGUGUUGAACUAGCAAAAAAGAAGUUGUCUGUUACAAGGUUUUUUAAAAAGUAUUACUCAGGAAAUAUAAGUGUAAUAGAAGAACAGUGUGUGUGUGUGUUUGGCGCGCUCGCUCCCUCUGUAGUUUUAUUGAAUGAGUUUGACGGAAACGGCCGCCGCCAUUGCACCUGAACACUGAAAACACUUUUACUUGGCGAUAUAGAGAUUAUGGUACUUUUUGGUGUCAAUGUGAACCUCCUGUUUUUUCAGUAAGGGCCAUAAAUAUAUCUAUAUAUAUUUAUAAGAAUAUCUAUAUUAUGUAAAGUAACAGAUUUAAGUCACUCUGGGGAACAGCCAGGCCAAGCCGAGGGAGACCUUUUGGGAUGUUGGGGCUUUUCCUUGGCCAAUAGAGGUUGCUGUUGGACGGCGAUGGACUGGCCGUCCCUCCUUUUCCCACCCUCCUCUUCCUCCUUGAAACCGAUUAGCACUUUUGAGCCGUUUUCCUCGCUACAUCCACACUAUUUUGUUUUUAUUUUAAAAGCGGUCGUGCCACCUUCUCCAACAGCCUUUUUCUCUGCACAAUGAGGUCUUUUAUUUGGACGAUCUUGCCUCAGGAGUCCUGGGGUUUUUUGUCUUUAUCCCUCCCAUACAUUGACUUGACUCGCCUAAUCUGGAUUUUUAAAGAUGAGCUUUUACAGAUGAGUCUCUGCUCUCUGUUUUCUGUCAGCAGCGGGUUGUAUUGUCUUAACUUGCUUUCUAGUCUCUCUUACAGCUGCUUUUGUGCUUCCUUGUCGAAGGUCUCACUUGAGGCCAGUCACUUCGACACAUCUUGAAAUUCAUCAGAUGCAUAUCCAUGUAAAUGAUGGAAUUGGAAAUGUCCUUUGAACCACCGCCACGUCUUUAGUGUGAUGCACUGAAGCCAGUCUGUCCACGUCUUCACAUCAUGACAUUUGAAUUCAGUUAGAGCUUUUUUUAUUGUUUGAUCAGAUAAACCAGUUUUCUAGUGAAAAGAUUUCAAAUUUUGACACCGAAAGUUGAAUUUGUGGGAAAUGGUCUUCGCUUGUUUAGGUUUUUCAGGGGGUUCUUUUCCCAGAUCAAAUGCAGCGCCCAUAUUUUUGCCUUUCCAGUUUGCUAAAAAAAAAAAAAAAAAAAAAUGAAUAUUGAGUGGAGUCAAGCACGACCUGGACGUGUUAGGAAGUGAGUUUUUAAACUUGGAAUGAUGUUCCCUGCAGCUAAGCAACGCUUAAGAUUUCAUCUGAUGCCGAGUUCAGUAUGCCAUUUUAACUUAAACCCUCAGUGGUGUGGAUGUAGCCUUAAAUAACCCGCCAGAUGUUGGAAGCUGGAUCAUUUUUGAGCUGCUGUUUUGGGUAUAUGCAGGGGUCAGAGGGCGGGGUUUGUUCAAGAUUUGAGGGACGCGUUUUUCUAUUUGUAUUUUCUCUUCUUUUCUGGGAGGGUCAUGGCGGGGGAGGUGGGAGCAUUUUUAAAGAUGUAAUCGGGAUCAUGUAAAUGUAAUUCAAACCCUAGAUUUAGACCCACUUUAGCAGUGACCCCCUUUUUUCAUGUUUUCGUGCUCAUGUAUCUUUUUCAGCUGUGAUCAACAGCUGUGUCCUUUAAAAAAAAAAAAAAAAAAAUAGAAAAUCGGGUGCCUAGAUGUGAUGCCAAUUUGUAAAUGUGUUUUUCUUUCUUUAUGAAUUUGAAAACUGCGCUGUCUUCCAUGACUACUUCCAUAACUGCCUUGGGUGCAAGGAAGGUGGCUCCGCUGCCCUUCACGGCUCUGUAUGUCCGGCUGUCUGAAGCAACGGUCGAUAUGGCAGCGACCCUACGGCGGUCGAACUAUUAGCCUCCUAUAUACCUCAUAUCACAACCAGCCAGGGACAAACCUUAAUGUAGCAGAGAUGCUGUUGUACAAAAGUCUGUGUGGGACUGUUUUUAAAAUGUGACCCGGUGUUUGAGAUUUGUUUCACUGAAGGCUUUCCGUAAAUGUCUCAUGCUUCCUCCGUGUUGCUCCUUGCCAUAAAUGCGUCACUCGACAGAUGUGUACAAAAAAGACACUACUUAUUCUUCAUGUGACCCAUGUAUAAAUUUUAUUUUAUGACCUAUUUUCUUCCCUUUUUUUCUUAAUUCACGCCAAAUUUUUGUAGCUCAUAUUUUUUUUUAAAUCUUCUUUCAGGUUCUUGUGAGCCGUCUCACGAGACUUCUUUACCUGGCCAAUGAAUAAAAAAGUGAUUAGGGAGAAAACAAUAAAAUGAUGGAAUGAAAAAAAAAACGGUCUCUUUAUUUCAU